UUUUAAUGACGUUUCCAGGUGUCCCGUGGGGUGCGUUUGUUUUUUCCUCCUUAAGUCAGAUCAGGAAACGCGCGAGCGGGCGGAGGUUGGCUGAGACACCCGGCAGCUGGCAGCACGAGCCACCAGCCUCCGCCCCGCCCCCGUCAGAGUGACGAAUCAGAGGAGAAGAAAGUAAAACAACAAACAAACAAACCUCAGAAAACAAACAACAACAACAUCAGGAGUGAGGAGACUCUGACAUGGCGGCGGUUCGAGGAGCCAGAUCCUCGACCCAGAGCCGUCUGUAACAUCAGGCCGGGCUGGGAGCGUCUGUCGGCGUGGACUCGGCGUGAAGCGGCCGGGGCUGCGGGGCAUCAUGGCCGCUGUCACCUCCCGGAGAAUCACGACAGAUUCAGCCGGAGGGUCAGACCCGAGAGGCCCGGUCCUGCCUCCGGGGGGAUCCGGCAGGUCGGCGGAGACCUGGAAGAGACACAUCGUCCGGCAGCUGAAGCACCGAGACCUGAGCCAGCACGCCAUGUUCCAGGACCUGAUCCGCUUCUACACUCAGCUGCUGGAGAAAACAAGUCUGGCCAAAGGAAUCCUGAGCUGCUCCCUCAGGCGUCCCUCCCCUGACAGCAGCAGCUCCAUCUCCGCUCUGCUCCACCAGAACAGCCAGCUGAAGAAAACUACAGGAGAGCUGGCCUAUCAGGUGGUGGAGCUGCAGCAGCAGAUCAAGAUCAAGGAAUGUGUUCUGGAGGAGCAGCAUGCCAGGCUGGCGGAGGAGGAGUGUCGGCUGGCGGGUGCGUUUGAUUCCCAUCGGGAGCUGCAGGAGCGGGUGGAGCGGGUUCAGGGGAAGAACGGGGUGCUGAAGACGGAGUACGACGCCCUGCUGGAGCGACAGAGGGGGGCGGAGACAAGACUCAGGGAGGAGAAGGUCAGAGGAGGACACCUGGUGGAGGACAUGAUCCACCUGAAACAGCAGGCUGCCGCCCGCAUGAACAGCCGCAACGAGCGCAGGUCCAGAGCUCGUGAAGCGAACCUGCAGAAGGAGCUACAGACGGCUGCCAGGUCAAAGGUCACCAUAGACAGCUCCUCCAGCGCUCCGACCUCCAGAUCCACGUCCCCAAAGAACGAGAACCAGGACCAGGAGUCCACAGAGCAGAGACACACCAGACUCUUCAGAUCGGCGUCGGCCACGUCCCCGAGGAUCCUCUCCUCCAUCAGAGAGCUGUUUGACAGGAAGAGGCGUGGCCACUCGGUCUGCAGCCUGGAGGAGGACCUGACGUGUCCUGUUGGAAUCUGUCUGUCAGCCAGAGUCCCGGCCAGAGCCCUGCACGUCCUGGACGCCCAUGAGCAGGGCAUUAACGCGGUGCGGUUCAGUUCCAGUUCAGACCUGUUGGCGACCGGAGGAACGGACCGGGUCAUCAAACUGUGGGAGGUCCGAGCAGGCUCACUGACCCACAGAGCGACUCUGGACGGCAGCACCGAGGGUAUCACCUGCAUCGAGUUCGACCCCACGGGUCUGAGGAUCCUCGCGGCGUCUUACGAUAAAUCGGCUUUGUUGUGGCGACUGGACGACUCUGUUCCCAAGCUGACUCUGACAGGUCACAUCAGGAAGGUCACAGCAGCACGGUUCAGCAGUUUACCUCAUCAGGUGGUGACAGGAAGUGCAGACAGAACCAUCAGACUGUGGGACCUGCAGAGAGCUGCCUGUGUGCAGGUAGUUGAAGUGGCGUCGUACUGCAGCGACCUGGUCUGUUCUGAGAACUGUAUCAUCAGUGGACACUUCGACUCCAAGAUCAGGGUCUGGGACACCAGGGCAGUGAGCUGCGUUCAGGAGCUUCCUGCUCAGGGUAAAGUCACCUCGCUGGACCUCAGCGCCGACCACCGUCAGCUGCUCAGCUGCUGCCGUGACGACUGCCUCCAGCUGGUCGACCUGAGGAGGCGGAGCAACGACCGCAUGUGUUUCAGAGCUGAGGGGUUUAAAUGUGGCAGCGACAGCACCAAGGCUGUGAUCAGUCCAGACGGUUGUUUUCUGGCGGCUGGAUCAGCAGACGGAACCGUUUACGUCUGGAACGCCUCGACCAACAACCUGGAGACCCGCCUCCCUGACAAACACAGUUCGUCCAUCAGCGCCGUGUCCUGGUCUCUGUCCGGCGAAUACGUCGUCAGCGUGGACAAGAGUAGGCGGGCCGUCCUCUGGAGCGACAUCUGAACCGGCCAAUCCACGAGGAGGUCACGUUGUCACGGCAACACCACUCACAACACUGAUCACAGAGCUGUUGCAGGGAACAUUUGGG